AUGGGAGAUUUCGCAUAUACACUAUUGGAUACCAUUAGAAAUGUUGGAGAUCGGCUUUCACACUUUUUUCAAAAUCGCGCAACAGUAAAGAAAGGAGUAACGACGCUUCCGAAAAAAACAUAUUUCUGGAAAGAUGCAACUGCAAAAACUACAAAAACACUAAAACGUACUGCAAAGCAAGCGCCGCCGGUUGACGCUUACACGACUAAGACCCUCCAUUACAGAGUAAGAUCUGAUCCGAUGUCAUCAAUGGAUACUCCUCAAUUGAUUACAUUGCACGGGAGACGAUCCGAGUCACAUAUCGUUUUAACAGAAGACGGUUAUCUUUUGACUCUACAUCGCAUAAUAGCAUCGCGUCUAAAAAGAAAUGCUGAUGUGAAGAACAACACAGUGUUACUCCAUCAUGGCUUGCUCGGCAGUUCGGCAGAUUGGGUUUUACUUGGUGCAAAGAAAUCAUUACCAUAUUUACUAUCUAAUCUUGGAUAUGACGUAUGGCUUGCAAAUGCAAGAGGAAACGUUUACUCGAGAGGUCACGUGUCGAAAAAUAUAAACAAUUCAGAUUUUUGGAAAUUUUCAUGGCAAGAAAUGGGUCAGUACGAUUUACCAGCAAUAAUUCACUAUAUCAGAUUAGUUAAAAAUACUAGUGAUCCUAUAAGUUUUGUUGGCCACUCUAUGGGUGCUACUGCUUUACUUGUUUUAUUGUCAACGUCACCAAUUUUUAAUACCUUUAUCAGAAUAGGUGUAUUGAUAGCGCCUCUAGCCUUUAUGGUAAAUAGCAAAGGUCCGCUAAGAAUGUUUGGCCCCUUUGCGCCUCGGCCACCUCUGAUUCAACAAGUAAUGAGCACAGGUGAAUUUAUGCCAUCAAAAGUAACACCGGAAUGGUUCUCAUCAAGACAUUGCGCGAGACCACAAAUAUUUUGUAGGAAUCCACUAUUCUUUCUUGCGGGUGACAUACUUCAAGGGCACUUAUGGGAUGACAACCUAUUGACUAGAGUAUUAAAUCAUGCACCAGCUGGCACUUCGACUUACACCAUUUUACAUUAUGCGCAAUUAACGAGAAACGGCAAAUUUCAUAAGUUUAGCGAUGUUAUAACAGAGUUUCCAUUAAAUAGGAUUAGUCUGCCUAUUGCUUUGAUAAGUUCCAGUGAUGAUUGGUUGGCGACAUUACCAGACGUCAAAAAAUUGUACUUCGGACUCUCAAAUCCGAUUGACCAUUUUGUUAUACGUAAUGAUAAUUUUAGCCACACCGAAUUUGUUUGGGGACCAAAAGCAGAUAUUAUAGUUUUUAGAAAAGUUAUAGAUUAUAUCGAGAAUGGAUUAAGUUUGAGUGUGAUUAAAUUAAAUGAAGUUUAG